AUGCGAUGCGUUGACCCCCACCUGCACCUCACCCGGAGAAAGUUGUUUCUCCAAGCCAACCGCGAUGCGUGCCCUGUAGCGUAUCUCGGAAAAAAUGCGACAGGGAGGCUCCAACUUGCGGCUCUUGCGAAAAACGAAGCAUUCGCUCAUAGACCCGCAAAGGAAAGGCAAGUUCGUGUAAGGCCUCGCGGGGAAGAAGGAAGAUCGCGCCGGAAAUACCCAAAGCUAUCUCACUCGUCCCCGGCCACAAAUGGGCUUCCUAGAAGUGAUAUGAACGGGAAUGUCGGACGGGAAGAUGUGAGCGUUCUCAUACCCGAAAGCCCCGUAGGAUCUCCUCGUCGCGAGGCUAGUGUGGUGUCAUCAAGUAUUCGGGACGACUAUAGCACCCCUUUGCAGUCACCGACUCAGGAUUAUAGAGAAAUUUCAGCAAUUCCUCCCUCACCAAUUCUCUUGAGCGACCAAAUAAAUGACAACGGCACAAAUGGAACCGACUUCAUCGAUGCUAGCAUGAACACAAAUGGUGAGCACAAAGGUCGACCGCCGCUUCUCUUGCAGUUGAAUGAAGCAUUCGCCCAGCGGACAGACACCUCGAAACCGGGAUUUUCCGACAUAUCUAGAAAUGAAUUGCGACGACGGUCGGAUAUUAUGCAACUAAAUAAUAGCUCCACGGCGUUAACACCGGCUUCCGAAGAUCUCAUACUUCCUCCGCGGGGUGUUGCCGACCGUUUGCUGGCCACCUACCUAACUCGCGAAUACGUUAACUUACCACUUCUUCAUAUUCCUGACUUUGAAGCCCGAUACGCAGAUAUGUGGAAAACUGAAGCCUCACCGAACGACCCUGUCUUUCAAGGUAUGGUAAAUGCCAUGUUUGCCCUUGGAUGCCUCUCUGUCGACCCUAGCGCGCAGGGCGACGGAACGAUGUAUUUCGUCAGGAGCCGAAAUCUCUUGCAUGAUGGAAGCGCAACUGGGGAAAGUAUUACGAAUAUCCAGGCUUACCUUGUUAUUACCCAAUAUUUGUUUGCCACCGGUGAUAUAAAUGCUGCCUGGAAAUCUAUUGGCAUCGCUAUUCGGAUUUCUCAGUCGUUGCACCUUCACCUUAAAUCAGGCAGCCACCAUCUACAACGCAGGGUUGAUAGGGAGCUUGCAAAAAGAGUGUGGCAUAGCUGUAUCAUGUUAGAGAGGAUGAUUGCUAUCAAUUUUGGAAAAUCGUCCAUAAAAUCACCACCAUCCCUAGCGACACUACCUACUCCCUUGGAAACAGAAUACGUCGACCUCAUAUUUGGAGGGGAAGCAUCUAAUAAAGAACCCACUCUUGCAUCGGAUAGACCUUCAAUUGUAGAAUUCUUUACGGCCUCGGCGCGCUUGUAUGAAAGAUAUAGCGAUGUUGUUGCAGUCGAGGAAGAGCUUCGCCUUACUGCCACUGGUUCAUCACGCAAACUUCUAGAGGCUUUCGAUGCCCAGAGAUUACUCGACGCUGAUCGGCGACUCUGCAAUUGGAAUACUUCCUUGCCACCAUACCUUCAGUCGGAGGCUUCUUACCUAGAUCACCCCAUCGCACAGCGUCAGCAUAAUAUCCUUCGUGUUAGAUAUCUACAUAUGCGCGUUCUUCUUUGGCGUCCACUGUUGGCUAUUCUUGCCUCUGAUCCAGAAAUCUGUUCACCAACUUCAUCUGAUAAAGCGCUUGUUGAUACGCCACUGAUCUAUAUGGUUGCGAGCGAGGCAGCCGCUAAGUGCAUCCUCGCUGCCCGCGAAAUUGCAGAUAUUUUAAUAGAAAACGAACGUCUGGAUGAUAGUUCUCAUCAGGUUGGCCCUGUUCCAGCCUGGUGGGAAAAUAUUGGGUACCUAUUUACCUGUGCUACUGUAAUGUUAGCUGCACGCCUGUGCCCUAGCACUUAUGAAAGAUUGCCUCCCGGUACCAUUGAUAUGGGCUGGAAUCACUGUGUUGAUCUGAUGAUCGAGUAUCGCGUCUUCAGUCCCCGCGUCCAGAGGUGGUUGGAUGUCUUGCAAGACAUAGCUACGGUAGCAAUGGAUAUGGAAGAGGAAUAUGAUUCCAGAAAGACAAAGAGUGACGAUAAGCCAGCGCUCAACCAAGAAAGAGAUAUGACCUGGCUGAUGUGCUUGCCUACGGAUUUGGAAUAG